CGACAAAGGAAAUAAAUUUAUUGAUGAUAAUUUGAUUACUAAGACACAGUGAAUUGAUGUGUGGUUUGCUAACUUUACAACAAUUAUUCCUAUCAGUUCUUCAGAGGAAUUUGUUUAUCGUGCCUUUCAUUUUAGUGAUCCUGAGUUUUGAUCCAGUGCAGUCGAUUGCUUGCUAUUCGUGCGUGUCAGUCAACGGCAGUCACCGAGAAUGUGAAGACCCCAUGUCUGCAAAUGUCCCUAUCUAUCGUCCUUGCAGACAAAGUGUGAGGGAUCACGAGGGGUUGUUCUAUGCAAGGUUCUGUUCUAAAAUCAAAGGAACCAAUCAAAGGGACGGCAGUACGUUGGUCCUCCGACUAUGUUCAAUGGAGCGCUUGGCUGACGUUCCGACACACUGUGGUCAGUUUAGCCUGGACGAUCAACUUUACACUGGCUGUGUAGCCACAUGCACCAGGGACUGGUGCAAUGUGUCCGUCCCAUCACCUAAAGUCGAUACACUGGAGCUUCUUUGUUUCCUAUUUAUAUUAUUUCUUUUCCACCGUACAUUUUCUCCCAGCUCCAGCUAAUUUCAGCCAUUCUGGACAGGAACGUUCUACACGUUGACAUUGUGAAGCAUCCCAGAUCCCAUAUCCUGCACAUUUUUAACGCAUUUUGUGUCACCUUACAAAAAUUUCGAAUGCCAGUUUUUUGUGAGGAGGAGACUAAUGAAA